UUUUUUUUUUUUUUCUUCACCCUUCUCCCUCCCUUUAUCUAUUUAUACAUAAUGUAUCGUCUGUCAGCACUUUCUCGUGCUGCCAAACCUCUUGUCCAGCGCAACAUCCAUAUUGCACGACCUUCAUCAGCUCUUCGUACCACUUCCAUUGCUAGCUUCCAUACCAGUCAACAACAUUUUGCCAAGACAACAAGUGCACCCGAAGCUACUGAUGCUUUCUUACAAAGUGGUGCUGGAAGUUAUAUUGAAGAAAUGUAUGAAGCAUGGUUAAAGGAUCCUUCUUCUGUACAUUUGUCCUGGCAAAUUUACUUUAAGAACAUGGCCAAUGGUGUUCCUUCUUCCCAAGCUUAUAGCCCUCCUCCUACUCUUGUUCCUUCUGCCAGUGCUCGCUUGCCUACUUUGCCUGGUGAUGGUUUGGCUAAUGCUGCUAAUGCUUCUUCCAAGGAUGUUAUUGAACAUAUGAAAAUCCAACUUUUAGUUCGUGCUUAUCAAGUCCGUGGUCAUCAUAUUGCCAAUCUCGAUCCUUUGGGUAUCCAACAUGCCGACUUGGACAGCUCUACUCCUCCUGAACUUGAAUAUUCUUAUUAUGGUUUCACUGAAAAGGAUCUUGAUCGUCAAUUCAAUUUAGGUCCUGGUAUCUUACCUGCUUUGGGAAAUAAUGAAAAGACGAUGACUUUACGAGAAAUUGUUGAUGUAUUGAAAAAGAUUUACUGUGGUUCCAUUGGUAUUGAAUAUAUUCAUAUUCCUGAUCGUGCUCAAUGUGAUUGGAUUCGUCAACGUAUUGAAAACCCUCAACCUUACAAGUACUCAGUCGAUGAAAAACGUGUCAUCUUGGAUCGUCUUACUUGGUCUGAUUCUUUCGAACGAUUCGUUGCUUCAAAGUAUCCCUCUGAAAAGCGUUUUGGUCUGGAAGGUGGUGAAACUCUUAUUCCUGGUAUGAAGGCUUUGAUUGAUCGUUCCGUUGAUCUUGGUGUCGAAUCUAUUGUUAUUGGUAUGCCUCAUCGUGGUCGUCUCAACGUUCUCAGUAAUGUCGUUCGCAAACCCAACGAAUCCAUCUUUUGUGAAUUCAGUGGUUCUUUGGAACCCUCUGAAGAAGGCUCUGGUGAUGUCAAAUAUCAUUUGGGUAUGAACUACGUCCGUCCUACUCCUUCUGGUAAGCGUGUCCAUCUUUCUUUGGUGGCCAAUCCUUCUCACUUGGAAGCUGUCGACCCUGUUGUUCUUGGUAAGACCCGUGCUCUUCAAUUCUACGGCAAGGAUACCGAAGGUAAACGUUCUAUGUCUGUUCUUAUGCAUGGUGAUGCUGCCUUUGCUGGUCAAGGUGUUGUCUAUGAAACUAUGGGCUUCCAUGAUUUGCCUGCUUACUCUACUGGAGGUACUAUUCAUAUUGUUGUCAACAAUCAAAUUGGUUUCACCACUGAUCCUCGUUAUGGUCGAUCUACUCCUUAUUGUACUGAUAUUGCCAAGUCUGUCAACGCUCCUGUGUUCCACGUCAAUGGUGAUGAUGCUGAAGCUGUUACCUAUGUUAUGCAAUUGGCUGCUGACUGGCGUCAAACUUUCCAUCGUGAUGUCGUCAUUGAUCUUGUCUGUUACCGUAAGCAUGGUCACAACGAAACUGAUCAACCUAUGUUUACUCAACCCAAGAUGUAUGAAGCUAUUGCCAAACAAGUCCCUGUUGCUCAAAAGUAUGAAGAGCAAUUGAAGAAGGAAGGUACUUUGUCUGCUGAAGAAAUCGGUGCCAACAAGAAACGUGUAUGGAAUAUUUUAGAAGAAUCUUAUGCUGCUAGUAAGGAUUACAAGCCUACUUCCCGUGAAUGGUUGUCUAGCUCAUGGCCUGGCUUCAAGUCUCCCAAGGAAUUAGCUGAAGAAAUUCUUCCUCAUUUCCCUACUGGUGUUUCCACUGAAACUCUCCAACAAGUUGGUAAAGCCUUGACCACUUUACCUCAUGAUUUCAAUGUUCAUCGCAACUUGAAACGUAUUCUUCAAACUCGUGAAAAGAAUUUACAAGCUGGAAAGGAUAUCGAUUGGUCUACUGCUGAAGCUUUAGCUUGGGGUAGUUUGCUUUUGGAAGGCAAGCAUGUCCGUGUCUCUGGUCAAGAUGUUGAAAGAGGUACCUUCUCUCAACGUCACGCUGUUUUACAUGAUCAAAAGACUGAUAGCAAAUACACCAUGUUGAAUCACAUCUCAUCUGAACAAGGUGCCUUGUCCAUUUCUAACUCUUCAUUAUCUGAAUAUGGUGUCCUUGGUUUCGAAUUGGGUUACUCCUUGGUGGAUCCUAAUUCUUUGGUUGUUUGGGAAGCUCAAUUCGGUGAUUUUGCUAACAAUGCUCAAUGUAUCGUGGAUCAAUUCCUUGCUGCUGGUGAACAAAAAUGGCUCCAACGUACUGGUUUGGUCAUGACUUUACCUCAUGGUUAUGAUGGUCAAGGUCCUGAACAUUCAUCAUCUCGUAUUGAACGAUAUCUUCAACUUUGUGAUGACAACCCAUAUGUUUACCCCUCUCCUGAAAAAUUGAACCGUCAACAUCAAGAUUGUAACAUGCAAGUUGUAUAUGCUUCCACUCCUUCUCAAUACUUCCAUGUUCUCCGUCGUCAAAUCUGUCGUGAAUUCAGAAAACCUUUGAUUCUUCCUUUCUCCAAGGCUAUGCUUCGUCAUCCUUUGGCUCGUUCUUCUUUGGAAGAAAUGACAGGUGAUAGUCAUUUCCAAUUGUAUUUACCUGAUGAACAUCCUGAUCAUUUGGAAGCUCCUGAAAAGAUCACCAAGCAUGUUCUUUGUACUGGUCAAGUCUAUUAUAGUUUGUUGAAGGCUCGUGAACAAAACAAGAUGACUGAUAUUGCCAUCUCUCGUGUGGAACAAUUGAACCCCUUCCCCUAUGAACAAAUCAAGGAACACGCUGAUAAGUACCCCAAUGCUGAAAUUGUAUGGUUGCAAGAAGAACCUAUGAAUGCUGGUGCCUGGCAACACGUUCAACCUCGUAUCACCACUGCUUUGUCACAAACUCAACAUCAUGCUGGCAAACAACCCCGUUAUACUGGUCGUCCCCCUUCUGCCUCCGUUGCUACUGGUAACAAGAAGAAGCAUUUCCAAGAAGAAUACAACUUUUUGAGUGAUGCUUUGAUUGGUCAACCUACCAAGCCCAAGGAAAUUGAAGGUGGUGUCCCUGUUUGGUAAAUCUGAUAUAGUUAAUUAAGGGAUUAGAACUACAUAUUAGUUU